AUUGUGGAUUAUCUGGCUACCGUGCCCUCAGAUAUUUCCCCAGAGGAAAACUCAUGGACCCAAAAGGAGUUGAAGCUCCUUGGUUUCGAUAUUGGCUGUGAAAUCCCCGCCAUGACCAACUUCAAGCCGGAGUUCACUAUGGUCAUGCUGCUGUUUGCAGUACAGUAUUGUCUCCCCUGCUUGACGCACUUGCCUGUCGAAUUCAUUGCCUUGGCACCAUGGAUAUGUUGGAUAACCAAGACGUCGUUCAUGCACUGGACGGACGGUGUCGGUAUCCCCGCGAGUUACCUCCCACGAAUUGCUACGCUGGGCGCUCGCGGCUUCGUCACGCAAGUUCUUAUAGGAAACUUAAAAAGCCAAGUACUACAGUGUAAGAAUGAGGUUUUCGACGCCUCGGCUAACGCCAACAUGCAACGACUACUGCGCAAUGGAAACUAA